CUUGAACCGAAGAGCAGGAAGAGAAAAGGCGGGAAAACUAUUUCUCAGUCUCUAUUCCUCUUCCGCUCUCUUCUUUCCAAUUAGUUUAACCUUCCCCGGAAAUCGGGAAGUAGAAACUAGUUUCCUUAUCUCUACUACCUUUCACUAAAUUAUGAACCUCGCCGGCAACGCCAAGAAGCGACCGCCGCCGGGGCAACCAUCCCCCGCGGCGAAGGUCCAGGCGAGGGGACCGGAGGACGAAUUCGUCGACGAGGAUGUGUUCCUUGAGGAAACCCUCAUAGCAGAAGACGAAAUGAACAGCAACCGUGAGUGGGCUCUGGAGUCGCUCGCCUCUAACCUGGCUAAGUGGAAGCGCCCUUCGCUCUCUCCCGACUACGUUUCCCAGUCCACAAGCAUCACAGCGUUUCAGCAGUUAGAGCUGGAUUAUGUAGUUUCGGAGAGCCACGAGGAAUUGUUGGGCGAUUCGUCGGGUCAUGCCCCAAUUAUCAGAAUUUUCGGGGUUACAGCAGAAGGUCAUAGUGUGUGCUGCAAAGUUCAUGGGUUUGAGCCCUAUUUCUACAUUAGUUGCCCUCCUGGAAUGGGUCCUGAUGACAUAUCCCAGUUUCAUCAGACCCUUGAGUGGAGAAUGAGGGAGCUAAACCGGGAUAGUAAAGUGUCAAAGAUCAUCAAGAGAAUCGAACUUGUACAUAAAAAGAGCAUCAUGUACUACCAGCAACAGGAAUCCAAUCCAUUUCUUAAGAUUGUUCUUGCUUUGCCAACAAUGGUUCCCAGUUGUCGUGGUAUUCUUGACAAAGGGAUCCAGAUAGACGGCCUUGGUAUGAAGAGCUUCAUGACCUAUGAAAGCAAUGUUGGGUUCGCUCUCCGUUUCAUGGUUGAUUGCGGGAUUGUUGGUGGAAAUUGGAUUGAAGUUCCUGCUGGAAAAUAUCAAAAGGCAGUAAAAAAUAUCUCCUAUUGUCAAUUAGAAGUCGACUGCUUGUAUUCUGCAUUGGUUAGCCAUGCUCCAGAAGGAGAGUUCUCAAAGAUGGCUCCCUUCCGCAUAUUGAGUUUUGAUAUUGAAUGUGCUGGACGUAAAGGUCAUUUUCCUGAGCCUACUCAUGAUCCUGUUAUUCAGGUGGCCAACCUAGUUACCUUGCAAGGGGAGAGCCAACCAUUUGUGCGUAAUGUUAUGACACUUAAAUCAUGCUCUCCUAUAGUUGGCGCGGAUGUGAUGUCUUUUGAAACGGAAAGAGAAGUACUGCUAGCUUGGAGGGAUUUUAUCCUUGAAGUGGAUCCAGAUAUUAUUAUUGGAUAUAAUAUCUGUAAUUUUGAUUUACCAUAUCUCAUCGAGAGAGCUCAAAGCUUGGGCAUAUUGGAAUUUGCAGUUUUGGGACGCAUUAGAAACACCAGGGUCACGGUCAAAGAUACGACUUUCUCAUCAAGGCAGUAUGGAACACGGCAAAGUAAAGAAAUUGCUCUAAAAGGGAGAGUUCAGUUUGAUUUACUUCAGGCUAUUCAAAGGGACCAUAAAUUGAGCUCUUAUUCAUUAAACUCUGUUUCAGCACACUUUCUUUCUGAGCAGAAAGAGGAUGUCCACCAUUCAAUAAUAUCUGACCUUCAAAAUGGCAAUUCAGAAACAAGGAGGCGCCUUGCUGUUUAUUGCUUGAAGGAUGCUUACCUCCCACAGAGACUUCUGGACAAACUGAUGUACAUAUACAAUUACGUAGAAAUGGCUCGUGUAACUGGUGUGCCUAUAUCUUUUCUUCUUUCUAGGGGACAGAGUAUCAAGGUACUUUCUCAACUUCUGAGGAAGUCCAAGGAAAAGGGUCUUGUUCUUCCAUAUGUUAAGCUGGCAGGAUCAGAUCAAGGAACAACAUAUGAAGGUGCAACUGUUUUGGAUGCUAAAAAGGGAUUUUACGAGAAGCCAAUUGCAACAUUGGAUUUUGCUUCUUUGUAUCCAUCGAUAAUGAUGGCAUAUAACUUGUGCUACUGCACUCUGGUGACUCCUGAAGAUGUUAAAAAACUUAACCUGCCUCCAGAAUGUGUCAACAAAACUCCUUUGGGUGAAACAUUUGUCAAACCCAGUUUGCAAAAGGGAAUUCUUCCUGAAAUUCUUGAAGAACUUAUUGCUGCACGUAAAAGAGCAAAAGCAGAUUUAAAGGAAGCGAAGGAUCCAUUUGAGAAGGCUGUUCUAGAUGGCCGCCAACUAGCCCUCAAGAUAAGUGCGAAUUCAGUAUAUGGCUUUACAGGAGCAACAAUUGGCCAAUUACCAUGCCUAGAGAUAUCCUCAAGUGUGACGAGCUAUGGUCGCCAAAUGAUUGAGCACACAAGGAAACUUGUCGAAGACAAAUUUACUAUGAGGGGAGGCUAUGAGUUCAAUGCUGAGGUUAUAUACGGUGACACAGAUUCUGUUAUGGUACAAUUUGGGGUGCCUACAGUAGAAGAAACAAUGAGAUUAGGAACAGAAGCUGCUGAAUAUAUUACUGAAACUUUCAUUAAACCCAUCAAGCUAGAGUUUGAGAAGGUUUAUUUUCCAUACCUAUUGAUAAGCAAGAAGAAAUAUGCUGGCUUAUACUGGACGACUCCAGCAAAAUAUGACAAAAUGGAUACUAAAGGAAUUGAGACUGUUCGAAGAGACAAUUGCCUUAUGGUAAAAAACUUGGUAACUGAGUGUCUGCAUAAGAUACUAAUGGACCGAGAUGUCCCUGGUGCAGUUCAAUAUGUGAAGAAUAUUAUUUCAGAUCUUCUCAUGAAUCGUUUGGACUUAUCACUCCUUGUUAUUACUAAGGGUCUGACCAAGACAGGAGAUGACUAUGAAGUAAAGGCUGCUCAUGUUGAGCUUGCUGAACGCAUGCGCAAGAGAGAUGCUGCCACUGCCCCAAAUGUUGGGGACCGAGUUUCUUAUGUCAUGAUAGAAUCUGCAAAAGGAGCAAAGGCUUAUGAGAAAUCCGAGGAUCCCAUAUAUGUGCUAGAGAAUAACAUUCCAAUAGACAGUAAAUACUACCUCACAAAUCACCUGGAAAAGCCACUUCUACGAAUCUUCGAGCCUAUUUUGAAGAAUGCAAAAGACGAGCUACUCAGUGGGGCCCACACCAGGAACAUAUCUAAGCCCAUUCCUUCAAGUGGCGGUAUUAUGAGAUUUGCAAAGAAACAACUCACUUGCCUUGGCUGCAAAGCGUUGAUUAAGGAUUCAGAACGGACUCUUUGCUCACAUUGCAAAGGAAGAGAGGCCGAGCUGUACUCCAAGAGUGUUUCUCAAGUGGCUGAUCUAGAGUCCCUUUUCGGGAGGUUAUGGACACAGUGCCAGGAAUGUCAAGGCUCCCUUCAUCAAGAUGUGCUGUGCACAAGUCGUGAUUGCCCUAUAUUCUACCGGCGGAAGAAAGUACAGAAAGACAUUACUGAAGCAAGGCAGCAGCUCGAUCGCUGGAGCUUCUGAGGAGUGUGUAUUAUUGGCAAUGCUAAGCUUGGCGACCAUGUUGUACUCAAUGGUGACGUUAGGGGAUGAUGGACGCAAAUGGAAUACGAGGGGUUGUUCAUCAUUCUGCAUUUUCUUAGUUAUCGGAGAUGAGUUGUCGAGGCAGGUAGUUGGCUGCAGGGAUUUUUUGCACCCUGUACAUAUCCUAUAUCUGAGGAUUGUUUGGUUGAGCCCUUGAGCUGGGUCUCAAUUAGUAAGAUAGUUAUGCUCGGCUGCAGUUGAAAGAAGCCUCAGAUAGCAGCAUUGAUAGGUUUGGCAGAGGAGUGGGCCACUUCAGCUUGUACAUGGAUGUCUUUGUUAAUCGUCAUAGCAAAAGACAAAUUAUUGGUUAUAGAAAAAUUAUACUUGAAUAAUAAAUUAAUAAUUAGGUUCGUAUUUUUAUUUAGAUUUAGCCAUUUAGGAGAGCGAAACGUAAUGGUGUACACCAGUGCAAGAAGCAAGCAUCCCACCAUUGAAAUUUUCAAACAUUUACAUAUGUAACCGGC